UUUGCUAUUGGCUGACAACUGACUGGUGCUCUGUUGUUCAGUACAAAUAGAGGGGACGUUAUCGGCAUUAAAUCAAAUAUAUAUGAUCAAUAAUUUUUUAAAGAUUUUAAUAGUCCUCGCGAUACUAAGUAGUAAUUGUGGUAGGUGACUGUAGGAGAACUUUGUUGGCAGGGAGGUUUGUUUUUAAGUAAACUAUGCUAGCAGUGCUAGCUAACUAGCAUCCGUCUCGUCGCCUCCUCUUCAUGGAUUUUUGCUGUUGAGUGUGCCAGGCUUGUGCUAGAUGCUGCGAAGCUAAAAAAAUUAAUGCCAUCAGCAAGGAACUCAGGUCAUAUUAUGAGUGGGGCGAGCUGCAAAGCUAACGGUGCUGUAUACACCGCCCCAGCCGCAAUGAUGAGCGCCGUGAAGAAGCCGAAGAUGGAGCAGAUUCAGGCCGACCAUGAGCUCUUCCUACAGGCCUUUGAAAAACCAACUCAGAUAUACAGAUUCCUCCGCACAAGGAAUUUGAUUGCACCCAUAUUUUUGCACAGAACCCUUACCUUCAUGUCUCACAGAAAUAGUCGAACAAAUGCAAGACGGAAAACAUUCAAAGUGGAUGACAUGUUGCAGACAGUGGAAAAAAUUAAAGGAGAGCAGGAUUCUUUAAGCUUGUCUUCACACCUACAGUUAACAUUCACUGGGUUCUUCCAUAAGGAUGAAAAGCCAUCUCAGAAUUCAGAAAAUGAACAAAAUUCUGUGUCAUUAGAGGUGCUACUUGUCAAAGUCUGCCAUAAAAAACGCAAGGAUGUCAGUUGCCCCAUAAAGCAAGUGCCUACGGGUAAAAAACAGGUGCCUUUAAACCCUGACAGCAACCAAAACAAGCCUGGCUCCUACCCGUCUUUACUCAUCCCGAGCAAUGAGUUUGAGCCCAGCAACAGCCACAUGGUGAAGUCCUACUCACUCCUCUUCAGGGUGUCCCGCACAGGAAGGAGGGAUACCAAUGGGCUGAUUAACGGAGAGGCCAACGAGAACAUCGAUGUAACAGACACUUCCAAUAGAAAGAAAAGAAGUUCAUCCCAUAGGGACGAGGGCGAAACCACAGAGACCUUUAUCGCACAGAUGACUGUCUUUGAUAAGAACAGGAGGCUGCAACUGCUGGAUGGGGAGUAUGAGGUGUCCAUGCAAGGCAUGGAGGACAGCCCUGUUAGCAAGAAGCGAGCCACGUGGGAAACCAUUCUUGAUGGGAAGAGGCUGCCGCCGUUUGAGACAUUUUCUCAGGGACCCACUCUUCAGUUCACCCUGCGCUGGACAGGCGACGCCAGCGGAAAGUCCGCCGCCCCAGCCGCCAAACCACUCUCUACACGCAACUCCGACAGUUCCAGCCCCAUGGAGACCAGAACCAGCCACCACCGUGCUGCCCUCAUGACAGUGAAAGAGUCAGUCAGCACAGACAUUCAGACGAGGAAAGAGCAUGUCCCAUGUGAGCCACGACAGAAGCUACGUAUAUUUUAUCAGUUCUUGUACAACAACAACACUCGGCAGCAGACGGAGGCGCGGGAUGAUCUUCACUGUCCUUGGUGUACACUGAACUGCAGUAAACUCUACAGCCUGCUGAAACACCUGAAACUCUCCCACUCCCGUUUCAUCUUCAAUUACGUGUCUCACCCCAAAGGAGCAAGGAUAGACGUGUCCAUCAAUGAAUGCUAUGACGGCUCGUACGUUGGCAAUCCUCAGGACAUCCACAGCCAGCCUGGCUUCGCCUUCAGCCGCAACGGCCCUGUCAAGAGAACUGCUGUCACUCAUGUACUGGUUUCCAGGCCAAAGAGGACCAAACAGAGCCCGUCAGAGUUCCUUGAGUCUGAGGACGGAGAGUUGGACCAGCAGAGGACGUAUGUCAGUGGACACAACCGUUUGUACUUCCACAGCGACAGCUGUAUGCCCCUGCGGCCCCAGGAGAUGGAUGUGGACAGCGAGGAUGAGAGAGACCCGGAGUGGCUUCGAGAGAAAACUGCCACGCAACUGGACGAGUUCACGGACGUCAACGAGGGAGAAAAAGAAGUGAUGAAACUGUGGAACCUUCAUGUCAUGAAGAACGGAUUCAUCGCAGACAACCAGAUGAAUCAGGCCAUCAUGCUUUUCGUGGAGAACCGUGGCGCCCACAUCAUCCGACGCAACCUCUGCCGCAAUUUCCUGCUGCACCUCGUCAGCAUGCACGACUUCAACCUGGUGAGCACGGCCACCAUUGACCGCGCCAUGGCGCGGCUACGGCAGAUCCAGGACGAGCUGCCGGAGACCAAGGAGGAGCAGCAAGACCAGAGCCUGGGACCGGUAGCAACCUGCAACGGCAGCGCUAUCACAUCCAGCGGGGGGAAGCUGGGCAAGAGGACAAAAAGCGCUUUGACAGACUGACGUAAAGCUGGAUGGAGGAGACUUUGACCGUCGCUGGGUUUUUCCCGCGUUUUUUUUUUCUGUUUUUCUUUUUUGUUUAAAUUCAGUUAACAUUACCAACCUUUUUGGUGCUUAGAUAGGUGGUCAGCAAAGGAUCUGACAUGACACCGACCAGUAUACAAGGUGAAAACAGGUUUUGAAAGUUGAGAACUGAACCAAAUAUGAACAAUGUGAAAGUGAACAAACCACGUCUACUCAAGCCCGGAGUUUGAGGAGUGCGCAAUGCCGGUCGGUCCCACUCGCUGUGCAUCACAUAGGAGCUACUUAGGCAUCCGUGUCUGAGUGAGAGAACGAACAAACUAGGGGCGCAGCCUUCUGCGGCCCAUUGUUGUAUCACAACUGUACGAAGACUACAGUUAAAAACUGUACCGGUGACGUUGUCAGCGUGGAUUAUUUGUACACAUGCAAAAUAGCCAUGUUCAAAACGUAUCUUUUUUAGCUGAUUAUUUUAGCACUUGGUGUUUGUAUUUAGAAAGUUUACCUUGAAAUUGACAUUUUAAAAUAAAAAUGUGCCACGCCAAAUAUCACGACAGAGUUGGAUCUCACCACUGAAAAACACUCUAAAAAUCGUGAGUCGGCAAGUUUUCGCAACGGUAGUGUUGAAAGCAUCGGUUCGGAUCCUGGACACACCAGAUUUUCUUUCAGGUUUUUUUUUCUUCCCCCCUCACCUCUACAGCCUUUCAGCCUGAAUUGACACUAGUUCAGAGAAAGUCAGGGAAAUAAACUUCUCUGAACAUGAUUUUUUUUUUUUUUUGCUUCUUUCCAAAAACCAGCAGCAUAUCACUCCCUCUGCUUUUUUGUUAAAGUUAAAAAAUGAAAGAAUUUUUUAAUUCUUUCCUCACAGUACUGGUUUCCCAUUGAAUGCUCAGCCCAUAUUGCUUUUCUAUUUUGUCCGUCACAGUCUUCUGCUAACAAUAUGAAAGAAGGCGCUGUGGACACUUGUGCACCUUAUGUUUUUUUUGUUUUUUAAUCACCACCACUGGCACAAAUGAUGAAAUAACCAUUCUUUGUGGAUGCCCUUUUUUUUAUUCUAUGAAAUAAAUAAAAUACAUCUAUGACAUUAAACAUUUUUAUUUAACAGCUGAACAUUAACUUCUUAAAACAAAGUAGUACUAGUAAUU